AACGUUUAGAAAUCCUUCCGUCACAGUCGGCCGGAUUCCAAGCGCUCGAACCCGCAGAUUUAGUGGGCGGGGGCGCGGGCGAGAGCGGCGGACGCGGCGGGGGGGAAAUGCGCUGCGUCCGCGGGGCUCGCCAUCCGAGCCCGGAGCCCGGGUGAGCCGCGGCGGCUCGUACAUGGCUCCGGGGCCGCGGGUGCAAAACAGGUGUCCGGGAAGAGACGUACAGAGGGCAAGAUGGCAGCCAAGUCCGACGGCCGCGGGGUCGUCAGCGGCUUCGCCCAGCUGCGCGACCUGGACGAGGUGGUGGAGGGCCCCGACAACGGCAGCUCCUUCCACAUCUGCCACUGCUGCAACACCUCGUCGUGUUACUGGGGCUGCCGGAGCGCCUGCCUCCGCUACCUGCGGGCCAGGCGGAGGGAAGGGGAGGGGGAGGCGGCGUCCGACGGCGGCGGACUCGAGGAGCAGCGCCGGCGCCUGUGGCUGGAUUGCUUGUGGAUCGUGCUGGCCCUGCUCGUCUUCUUCUGGGACGUGUGCAGCGACGUGUGGCUGGCCGCGUACUACUACCGCGGACGACACUUUCUCUGGUCGGCCGUCACUCUCUUCUUCGUGCUGGUGCCCUCCGUUCUGGUGCAGAUCCUCAGCUUCAGGUGGUUCGUGCAGGAUUACACCGAGGGCGCGCUGGGCUCCGUGCAGGGGCUGAGCAGCCGCCGAGCCGCCGCCGGUCUACGCCGGGACCGCUGCUGCCGACUGUCCGUGUGGGUAUGGCAGAGUGUGUUGCACAUCUUUCAGAUGGGACAGGUGUGGAGGUAUAUCCGCACCAUGUACUUGGGUGUCCAAAGCCACCGCCAGAAGGAGAACCAGCGUCGCUUCUACUGGGCCAUGAUGUACGAGUACGCCGACGUCAACAUGCUGCGACUGCUGGAGACUUUUCUGGAGAGCGCCCCCCAGCUGGUGCUGCAGCUAUGCAUCAUGAUCCAGAGCAACAAGGCUGAGUGGCAGCAGUGUUCUUCAGUCAUGUCCUCCCUCCUGUCUCUCGCGUGGGUCCUUGCGUCCUACCACAAACUCCUGCGCGACUCCCGCGACGACAAGAAGAGCAUGAGCUACCGCGGCGCUCUGGUGCACCUCUUCUGGCGCCUCUUCACCAUUUCCUCCCGGGUGCUCUCCUUUGCCCUGUUUGCCUCCGUUUUCCACAUCUAUUUUGGCAUUUUCGUGGUGCUCCACUGGUGCGCCAUGGCUUUCUGGGUCAUCCACGGCGGCACCGACUUCUGCAUGUCCAAGUGGGAGGAGGUGCUCUUCAACAUGGUGGUGGGGGUGGUGUACGUCUUCUGUUGGUUCAACGUGCAGGAAGGCCGGACUCGCUUCCGGAUGGUGGUCUAUUAUACCGUGGUACUUUUGGAGAACGCCGUUCUCAGCGGGCUGUGGUACGCGUACCGUGACCCAGCCACCACCGACGCCUUCGCCUCUUACGCCCUCUGCAGCGUCUUCCUGUGCUUUGCCUCAGGUGUGGCCUGCAUGGUCCUCUACUACGGGGUUCUGCACCCCAUGGGCCCCCGGCUGAGGGUCCUAGCUAGCUCCUGUUGCGCCGAACUGCUUUGGGGGCUGCCCUUACCCCCCGAAGCUGAGCCUAUGGCACCCACGCCCGGUCCCCGGGGCUCCCAAGCCACCCCUACGCGGGGAGUCGCCGGGGAGUACCCGGAGCCCGACGAAAUGACCGCGGACUCCUGCCUUCCGGUAUUCCAGGUGAGGUCCACGGAACCGGUGGACGCGUCGGGACGACCCAUCCGACCCGAGGGCCCCCUCAUCAAAAUAGACAUGCCCAGGAAGCGCUACCCGGCUUGGGACGCGCACUUUGUGGACCGGCGACUCCGCAGGACCAUCAACGUGCUGCAGUACGUGAGUCCUAACGCGGUGGGCAUCAGGUACAGGGAUGGCCCCCUCCUCUACGAACUCCUGCAGUAUGAAUCUUCAUUCUGAAGGGCGUUUACGCGGACACUCAUCACUCCUGACCUGGUUUGAUCCGCAACGGUCGGUCCAUUUUCGUGAGAUCUGACAGUCAUGAUUUAUUUUUGGAGAAACAAAAAAAAAUAACACACCUCCAAUAUCUUCUAUAUAAAGAAUCCCUCCGCGGCUGUGUAUGAGUGUCUAGCUAACAUAUGAAUGUUUCAUUCUGAAAUUUGUCUCAUGCAUUAUUCUGUAUUGCUCUGAUUGGACUCGUGUAUACCUGUGAAGGGCAAUCGGUAUGGCCCGAAUGUCCGGAAGCGUGUCAGAGGGUGCUGGUUUUUUGCACAUCCUGACUUUUACUGCCAUUCUUUAUGUAAAUAAUGCAACAUUAACCAAGUUUACCGAGAACCUGAGACCGCACACGGAGGAAAAACAGAAAAAUGCGAGGCGGUUCGAGUCUUUCCGUGCCGUUUCUAUUUCUGUUCAAAAAUCCUCAAUCGUAAUCACAUCAUGUAUGGUGAGAGAGGGGGGGAAAUAGAAGCACACUGACCUUCAAUCAGUUCCACCCAUUCAUGAAAUCUUUUCAGUGCAGAUUGCCCUCUAGUGGGGGUUAAGGAACGACAGCACAAUUUUCAAAGAACCAUUGUAAACACAUUCCAAACGUGGCCUUCCACAAAACCGCCACCAUUCCCUUCUCGAUUCUGAUCCAAAACUUGCUCUAAAAUCAUACGCCACGCUUGAAAAUAGCUUCUUGGUCCAACUAUUCAGUUCGUUUUAGUGCCACCUCUUGCUCAAUUGGCAGAAAUGUACACACGGUAGCGUACAGUGAGCUUCUUUUAUCCUGGUUCGCCGUUUCUCUGCUUCUCCGCGGCCACAGGUGCCUGUUAACAUCGUACUGUAAAAUGGCAGGUGUAAGUUUGGUACCAACGGUGGGAGGGUUUCUUUUUUAUAAGCCAGGGAUGGAAAAGAACUGUGGUAAAGGACAUGAAUGCUUUAAAAGGUGAAGUCUUGCUAACUUAACAAGCUAUACUUUUGUACCUUGGCAAGUAACAGCUUUGGAACUAGUGUUGUUUUUGACAGCCCUUUUAAUUUUCGUCUAAGUCUUUUGGACGAAAAUACGUAUUAGUCAUAUUUUAGUCAUUUCAAAAUGUGUUCCUUUUUUUCUAGUUUUAGUCAACAAAAACGUCGUUGACUAGACUAGACUAGACAAAUUUCGUCCAAUUUAGUCGACGAUUACUCAAAAUGUUUUCGUCUGUAAACUUCGAAAGUUUUAGUCCAUGAAUACUGUAAAUAUAUAGAUAAGCUUUCCAACAAUGUCGAAUGAACACGGACAGACGAGCACAUAAUUGAAGAGUCUACAAGGACAUCACCAUUUUCAUGAUGAUAAUAUACAGGAAAACGGUACAUUAUUUUCAAGUAAUUAAACUCACCUGGAUGCUACGAACUGUAUGUAAAAAGUUCUCCAAAAGUUUAAGAUGACAGUCACCACGCUAAAUACUAAUGCUGGCGCGAACGCUAUGCUAACGCGAACUCUAUGCUAACACAAACGCUAUGCUAACACUACAAGUUAGAAAACAAAACUUACCAAGCACCACUUGACAUGUGUUUCACCAAAGGAGCUUGGAAUCUGCACAUGCUUACUCACCUGUGUGUGGGUUGGGGAGCUGCGCAGCACUUCACAUGAGUGACACGACCAAACACCGCUAAGAUGCGAGCUAACUACACAUACGAUGAGAAAAUAUCACACAUGGUGAACUUAUGACGGAAUUUGGCAAAAUUUCAUUUCAUUCUUCUCUCGUCAGACAACAACUGGCAUCCACGUCGUUAUGUUUUAGUUUCCCAAGACACGUUUUUGGCUCGUAAUCGUGAUGUCAUCGUCAUGAAAAAAAUUGUUCGUUGACGAAAUAUUUUUGUUAUCGUCAUCGUUGACUAAAACAAAGCUACAUUCGAGUCCAACGAGAAGCUUUGUUGGCUAAACUUGUUUAGCUGCUGUGUUCUUUUUGGCAUCCCUUUUAAUUUUCGUCUUAGACGAAAAUACUUAUUCGUCUAGGUCAUAUUUUAGUCAUUUCAAAAUGUGUUUGUUUUCGUCUAAUUUUAUUCAACAAAAACACAGACAAAUUUCGUCUAGUUUAAGUCGACAGUUACCCAAAAUGUUUUCGUCCACGAAUAAAGAAAUAGAUAAAAGGUUUCCAAUAAUUUCAAACGAACAUUGACAUACGAGCUCAUAAUUGAAGCGUCUACUAGGACAUCAACAUCUUCCUGAUGAUAAUACACACUCUGCAGGAAAACAGAACAUUUUCUUCGUUAUUAAACUCACCUGGAAGCCACAAAUUGUAUGUAAAAAGUUCUCCAAGAGUUUAAGAAGACGCUCCCACCGCUAAAUGCUAACACAGACGCUAUGCUAAUGCUACAAGUUACAUUCAGUGUGUGAUGAUUACUCAGAACAGACCUUUAAAGGCCAAAGCAACAUCGCAUAUCUAGCUAAGAUAAGAAAACAAAACGUACCAAGCAGCAGCUGACACGUGUUUCACAAAAGGGGCCUGGAGUGGACACAUGCCUAAUCAUCGGCCGGGAGGCACAGCACAUCCCAUGAGUGACGCAACCAAUCACUGCUACAAUGCGGGCUAACUACACAUAAGAUAAGAAAAUGUCACACAUUGUGAACUCAAGACAGAAACUACAUCCAUCUCGUUAUGUUUUAGUCUUCCAAGACAUGUUUUUAGCUCGUCAUCGUCCUGUAAAAAAUUGUUCGUUGACGAAAUAAUUUUGUUAUUGUCAUUGUUGACAAAAACAACAAUGUUGUCUAGUUGUCUUGUCAUGGUCGUAGUACUUUCACAACCUUUCAUGUGUGUCUGGUCAAGCUAACCAUCCAGUUGGUUGUCAAAACGGCUCAUUUUUGGGUUUUGAUCUAUUAAAUUAGCAAAAGCACAAAAUUGCAGAGUACAGUUGGGAAUUGGAGUGCCGCACUGGAGUCUCAUUUUGUGAUCAGUCCAGUUCCCUUCGCAGUAGUGCGAAGUAGUACAAUCAGCUAGCUCAAGGUGGGCGGGGCUGAUUUUCAGAAUUGAAACACACUGCGAAAGCGCCAUUUUUAGGAUUUUAAGCAAGAGGUUACCAUCAGGAUAACUGCAGACUUUCCAAGCAUACAUUGACAAAAGGUCUUACCACUAAUUAGCAAUGAAGUACAUUAGCAUCAGUUACGUCAUAGGAACAGAGUCCUUCGACAGAUUCCUCAAGUCUCCUCCGUCCUUUGCCACAGUUCUCCUCCUUCUCCCUCCCUGGUUGCUGCUGUACCCUCCCCCACAAUUGCUAACACACCCCCGCGACACAAUUCCAAGUCUCUGCUAACUGAACGCUGGGGUUGAGACCGAGCAAUGAGGUUAAACUGCCAAAGAACAUCAACAUCCAGGGUCUGCCGCCCUCCACCCAGAGGUCGGGUUCAGACCUGAAUAAUUGAGAAGUCAGCUAGAGUAGAUCAAACAUUCAGUAUCGCGUGCGAAUAGAUCUGAAGCAUUGCAGUAGGUUAUACAUUUUUUCACGGCAUACCCUUACCUUAAUAUCCAGUACUUAUUAGCCAUGUUGCCAGUUAGUUCUUUGUGGUUGCACAAGAAUAUUCAAAACUACAAAAUAAAAUACCGGGGUUCCUCAGGACCAAGAACCAAGACCACUUUAGCAGCUGAAUCAGGGGUGUCUCAAUGCAGUUGUCACCUUGAAAAAUUUAGUCAAUCUGACACCUCACCUGGUGCAUCUCCCUUUUUUUACCAGCGAUGGCUGCACAUAAAGACACAUGAACAAAUCAGGUGCAACUACACUGUGACGGCGAACCUUUGACUUCAUUUCAGUGGCGAGAAAUAAUUUGCUAUUCAGUUUCAUAAUUUAAAGGUACCGUUGUGAGUUUUUAAUGCGUUUUACAUCAUCAACUUCAGCGAUAAAGGGAAUUCAAGAGCUAAAGCUAACGAUAACAGACUGUCGGUUGACGCCUCUAACUACAUAUGGCGUCAAAUUGUGAUGGCGGCGGCGUUUUCCCCGUCUCCGAACGGCACAGCAAGAGCGGUCCCACCCGAAGCUCGGUCUUCUCAGUCCUUGUUGUGCCUUUUAACUUUCGGGGUGCUUCAUCGCAGCCACGGCGGCCGCUAACAGCAAGGCUAACUUCCUUACAUUACUUGUGUAACCUUACUCGUCAUCUCCCGGCACUCCAUCACCCUGUCCGAUUUGCGCUACACUCUGAUGUCACGACUCUCCGUUACAGUAUAGAGCAUUUUUCAACCCGGUGCUGAACAACUUCACCCAGUGGUGCUAACGCCGUGGCCUGCCGAGUUCACUUUUGGGGCUAUCCAAAGUGCGAGACAGCUCAAAAAUAACAACACGUGAUGCUCACAAAGCUCCACCACCUCAAUCGACACACACAAUAACUACCGCAAAACUCUAUGGUGCCAUUUUUGUUUGCCACGCCUCGUCUUCACAUGGUGUUCUAUUGUUAGCAUACAGAUGUGUUUUAUUUGUUAAUAUCUCGGGACAAUGAAAAGUUGGAUUUUGGAGCACAAACUGUGGAUGGAAAUAAAAAAAAAACAAAAAGAAAAAAAGAAGUCUAUAUAUCUAGAACGUGAUUGCUGUGUUGUAACUUCCUGUCAUCUAUAUGUCCUUUUAUCUGUGUCUAUCUAUUUAUUACGGCGGAGUACAAGGGCUCUAAUAAAGAAUGGGGGAAAAAAUAGGAUCACGAGAAUAAACUCAUACCGGUAAUUUUACGAGAUUUAAAUCUUAAUAUUACGAGAACAAUUUCAUACCUUGUAACAUAUGAGAAAAAUGUCGGAAUAUUAAGAGAAUAUAGUCAUACGUUGUAACAUCAUGAGAUUUAUUCGUAAUAUUAUGAGAAAAAAGUUGUAAUAUUACAAGAUUAAAAUCGUAAUACUACGUAAAUUUAUGGAAGAUUUUUAGAAAAAAAAGUGCAGUGUUAUGUAAAUUUACGUAAUAUUGUGAGAAUAAUGUCAUACCUUGUGGUACUACGAGAACAAGUCGCAGUAUUACAUGAAAAAAAUCGGAAUUUACGAGAUUACAAUCGUAAUACUACAUACAUUUACGUAAUAUCAGACAAAACUGAAUUGUUAUGUACAUUUAUGUAAUAUGACAAGAAAAUAUUUGUAAUAUUACAAGAUUAAGAUAGAAAUAUUACCGACAUUUUCGUAUUAUCAGAAAAUAGUGCAGUGUCAUGUAAAUUUACGUAAUAUUACAAGAAUAGUUCAUACGUUGUAAUACUACGAGACUGAAGUUGUAAUUUUCUGAGUAAAAGGUCGUAUUAUGAAAUUGGAGUUGGAAUAUUACGGGAAAAACAUCGUAAUGUUACUUAACUACGUAAUAUGAGAGUAAAGUCGUAAUAUUACGAGAUUAAAAUCGUAACACCAGGUGAAUUUACGUGAUAUUUCGAGAAAAACAUCGUAAUAUUACUUAACUACCUAAUAUGAGAGUAAAGUCGUAAUAUUACGAGAUCAAAAUCGUUACACGAGGUGAUUUAACUACGUAAUAUGAGAGUAAAGUCGUAAUAUUACGAGAUUAAAAUCGUAACACUACGUGAAUUUACGUGAUAUCUCGAGAAAAAAGUAAUGUUAUGUAACUUCGUAAUAUCACGGGAUUAAAAUCGUAAUACAGUACUAUGUAAAUUUACGUAAUAUUACGAGAAAUAAGUCCUAAUACUAUGAAAUUUAAGUCGUAAUAUGAGAAAAAAGUCAUUUUAAGAGAUUUAGAUUGAAAUAUUACGUAAAUUUACGUGUAAUCAGAAAAUAGUGCAGUGUCAUGUAAAUUUACGUAAGAUUACAAGAAUAGUUUCAUGCGUUGUAAUACUACGAGGUUUAAAUCGUAAUAUUCCGGGUACAAAUUCAUAUUAUGAGAUUAUUACGAGAAAAAUAUCGUAAUGUUACUUAACUACGAAAUAUGAGCGUAAAGACGUAAUAUUACGAGAAAAAAGUCGUGAUAUUACGAGAUUAGUUUAAAAUCCUAAUACUAUGUGUAUUUACGUGAUAUUGUGAGAAACAAGUCACCAUGUUACGUAAUUUAGUAACAUAAAAGUCAGAAUAUUAGGAGAUUAAAAUCGUAAUACAGUACUAUAUAAAUGUAUGUAAUAUUACGAGAAAUAAAUCGUAAUACUACGAAAUUUAAGUCGUAAUAUGAGAAAAAAGUCGUAACAUUAAGAAAUUUAGAUUAAAAUUGUAAUACUACGUAAAUUUACCUAAUAUUGGGAGAUUAAAAUAGUAAUACAGUACUACGUAAAUUUAUGCAAUAUUAGGAAAAAGGUCAUAAUAUGGAAUUUUACGCAAUAUUAUGCCUUUUUUCCAAUAAUAUUACGACAAAGUUUUGAUAUUCUGAUAUUACGAGAUUGUUCUUGUAAUAUUCUUGUAAUAUUACGACUUUUUUCUGAUCAUUUACAACUUUGAAGUUGUACGUUGUAAUAUUAUGAGAUUAUUCUUGUAACAUUAUGUUUUUUUUUCUCAUGAGACUGCAAGUUUUUCUUCAUCGUAUUACAAUGUAUGACUUUAUUCUCAAAAUAUUAGUGUAUUUUAUUCUUGUCGUCCUAUUUUUCCCGUUCUUUCUUUGGCCCUAAUACUGUCGUAAUUUAUUUUUGCAAUUAUUGUAGAUUUGGCUGUGAUUUUAUGGGAACACGGAUUUGAUAUUGCGACAAUGCAACUAUGAGUGUCGAGUCAAUUGCUGCUAAUUUGAAAAAUAUUAUGGAAAAAAAUGUUGCUUUUGUUGAUAUUCCCUCAAUUUCUAGGUUGUGUUAGCUUGUGGGUGUGUAUUUUAAUAACCUCUCCCUGGGCGAUAUGAUUUUUAUGGAUGCUGUAUUGCAAAAAAUACAUAUAUAUUGGCACAGAGUGAGGAUUUUUAUGUGGUGGUUAAGUAUAUUUAAAAAAAAAAAAGUAUAAUUCACGGGGAGGAGGGGAAAAAAAAGCAAAGCUGAUGUCCAGUAUUGUAUGUUUUUGCCCUGUUUUAGGGAACAAUAUGAAUAUUAUUAAUAACAUAUGGUGCUACCGUUCAUUUUGUAUGUUUUUUUUUUUGUUUGUUUUUAGAAGAAAUGAUGACUAUUAUGCUGAAAAUAUAAUGUUAAGCCUUACUGUAGAGUCAUAUAUGAGACUGUUCAUCCCAGAAGAGAAAAA